AUGCGUUUCUCAGACACACUCGUCCUCAUCGGACUCACCGGCCUGGCCGGUGCCCAUCCUAGCAGGAGAACUCCCAACCCAUCACCGUUGAGCAAGCGAGCUAUCGACCUGGAGGCCUUCAAGCUUCCUCCUCAGGCCGAAUACGUUUCUCAAGAUGAGGUUCCUGAGGACGCCAGUGCCAAGGUCGUUGCCAAGCGAGCUGACUACACCGAGACUGCCAAGGACUUGGUCAAGACAACCUUUCCCAAGGCCACUUUCCGCAUGGUCUCUGAUCACUAUGUUGGCAGCAACGGCAUUGCCCAUGUGAACUUUAAGCAGACUGUCAACGGCAUUGAUGUUGAUAACGCUGACUUCAACGUUAACAUUGCUGCUGAUGGAGAGGUCUUCUCUUAUGGAAACAGCUUCUACGAGGGCAAGUUGCCCGGCCCUCUCGCCAAGCGUGACGAGAAGGACCCCGUCGACGCCCUCAAGGACACCGUUGAGGUUCUUUCUCUUCCCGUGGAAGCCGAGAAGGCCAAGCCUGUUCGCAAGAGCGCCAACCACUACACUUUCACCGACACCAAGGGCACUGUCAGCAAGCCAGAGGCCAAGCUGGUUUACAUUGUCGACGAGAACAAGAACCUCAAGCUGACCUGGAGAGUUGAGACUGAUAUCCUUGAUAACUGGCUGUUGACCUACGUCGAUGCUGCCCAGACUGAUAAGGUCGUUGGUGUGGUCGACUAUGUUGCUGAGGCCACUUACAAGGUUUACCCCUGGGGUGUCAAUGACCCAACUCAGGGAUCUCGCACUGUUGUUGAGAACCCCUGGGACAUCGUCUCAUCUGAGUUCACCUGGCUCAGCGACGGCUCAGCCAAUUACACCACCACCCGCGGUAACAACGGUAUUGCCCAGGUCAACCCCUCCGGUGGAAGCACCUACCUGACCAACUACCGCCCCGACGCCAAGGAUCUCAAGUUCGAGUACGACUACUCCACUACCAUGACCAACCCCACUUCUUACCGUGAUGCUUCCAUCACCCAGUUGUUCUACACUGCUAACAAGUAUCACGAUCUUCUGUACGUCCUCGGUUUCACUGAGCAGGCUGGAAACUUCGAGGUCAACAACAACAACCAGGGUGGUAAGGGCAAUGAUCAGGUCAUCCUCAACGCCCAGGACGGAAGUGGCACCAACAACGCCAACUUUGCCACCCCCGCUGAUGGUCAGAAUGGACGUAUGAGAAUGUACCUUUGGGAUACUUCUUCCCCUCAGCGUGACGGUAGCUUCGAUGCCGGUAUCAUCAUCCACGAGUACACCCACGGAUUGUCCAACCGUCUUACUGGUGGUCCCGCCAACGCAGGAUGUCUCCCCGGAGGCGAGUCCGGUGGUAUGGGCGAAGGCUGGAGUGACUUCAUGGCCGUUGCCAUCCACCUCAAGGCGAAGGACACCCGAACUGCCAACAAGGUCAUGGGUGACUGGGCCGCCAACAAGCCCGCCGGCAUCCGAGCUUACCCCUACAGCACCAGCCUCACCACCAACCCCUACACCUACAAGUCCACCAACAGCCUGAGCGGAGUCCACGCCAUUGGAACUGUCUGGGCUACCGUCCUGUACGAGGUCCUCUGGAACCUCAUCGACAAGCACGGCAAGAACGAUUCCGACGUUCCCAAGUUCACCAACGGCAUUCCUUCUGACGGAAAGUACCUCGCUAUGAAGCUUGUCAUUGACGGCAUGGCUCUUCAACCUUGCAACCCCAACAUGGUGCAGGCACGAGAUGCCAUCAUCGAUGCUGACACUGCCCUCACCAAGGGUGCCAACAAGUGUGAGCUCUGGAAGGCAUUUGCCAAGCGAGGUCUGGGAACUGCCGCCAAGUACAGCAGCACCAGCCGAACCGAGAGCUUCGCUCUGCCUUCUGGAUGUUAG